GGAAAACUCAGGAGCGGUUUGGCCUGAAGCCCUGAACGCAAAUAAAGCCCGACCGGUCUCGGACCACCACCACCCCCACCACAGCUUCCAACCUCGUCGCAUCGCACGCACGAGCCCGUCUCCAUCUCCCAGAUUCCUCCGCAGCUGCGCGCCUCUCCGUCUUCCGCCGCGUCCCGGUUGUCGGCGACGAUCCGAUCAGCGUCGCCAUGACUACCUCGAGGCGUGUCGCUGAUAGGAAAAUAGCACGUUUUGACAAGAAUAUCACAAAAAGGGGUUCUGUUCCUGAGACAGUCAAGAAAGGAAAUGAUUAUCCUGUUGGACCUAUUGUGCUUGGAUUUUUUGUCUUCGUUGUUGUUGGAUCAUCUCUCUUUCAGAUCAUCAGGACAGCCUCAAGUGGUGGUAUCUUCUGAGGAGAAUAGUCAUCCGCCUAUAGUGAUCAUGAACAGGGUUGUCAUAUGCAGUUUUUGUUGUCAGUUUAAAGAUAGAAGUGAAUGACAUACCUGGUACCUGUGAUGUUGUUAUCCUUUUACCAUUGUACUUGGAGUUUAAGUUAUAUGGAGGUCAUACCAGCUAUAUACUGCUAAGUGCUAAUCUUUGCUGCUAUGGUCAUUACUCUCU